AUGCGGAUUUUAGUGCAAUUCCUGCAAGGUUUUGAAGCAUCAAUGGCAGUGCAGUUGAAUUUAGAUGUAACCGGUAAACUACCAAACAUAUAUAAUAUGUUCAUCAUAGAUUCACUGGAAGCAUUUUUAAAUUUCCAUGAACGCUACAAAUUAUUGCAUUCCUUAUUCCUUCAAAUAAGAGAUAUUAAAAUACUCAACACCAUUGUUAUGUAUGAAGAUUUUGAUGGAAGUAUUGAAUUUUAUACCUUUGUUUUAUUUGGUGACGGCUGCUGGGAAGGUAUCGAACUAAGCUUCGUUAACAGGUUCCGAAACGGUAAAAUUUUGAACAACUGGUUAUACCCAAAACGGCUUACGGAUAUGCUAAAUUGUACCUUGAGGUUGUGUGUACAUGAUUUACCGCCCUUAGUACAAUUGGUAGACGAUGUCAACAAUCCAAAACCCCUUUCUGAUCCAAUCCGUUUACGAGGCAUAGAAGGAGACAUGAUAAAAAUUGUAGCGAAGAGUAUGAAUUUCUCACUGCGCCUACUGUUUCCGAAUGAGAGAAGCCUAAUUGGUUUUAACCAUAACUCCACCGGCUGUUUUGGUUUGCUAGAAAACGAUGAAACUGAAAUAGCUAUUGGCAGUUUUAGUGCUUCGCAUGUUAGCCACUAUAUAUUCUCUUCAUCGUGCACCUACUACCAAAGUACUUUCAUUUUCGUGGUGCGGAGUGAUUUGACUUAUAACGCUCUCAUUCAAUUAGUCAGACCUUUUCAUAAUGAAAUUUGGCGAUGUAAAUUUACGAUUUUUACUAUAGCAAUAUUGUGCAUAAUCGUCGUUAAACUAUGGGGCUGUGCCAAAUUGCGGGAAUUUAUAUUUGGUGCAGAAAAUAGUGGACCAGUAGUAAAUUUGUUAACGAUUUAUUUAGGAAAUCCCAUAACUAAAUUACCAAGACGUAAUUUUGCCCGAUUUCUACUUAUGUUGUGGAUGUUAUUAACCUUAUUACUACGAAACUCCUAUCAGGGAAAAUUAUUUGAUGUUAUGCGUGUUGCUCAUCGUGUACACUUACCGCGUACUAUAGGAGAACUAAUACAUGAAAAAUUUUAUUUGUUGGCUUCAGCACAUUUAGACUUUUAUCCAGCAAAUCUUACAAUUAUCGUUCCCACUAACUAUAUAAGUCGUUUUAAUGUAGUAAACCAAGCUAAGAAUUCGAAGUUAACUACAGUUUCUAUGGUGGAUAACUUGGCACACUUCAAUAGCUUGAAUUGGAAUUCCAGUUGUCUAACGUACAUCAAUGAGCCAAUAUAUCUGUUUCAUACGAUGAUGUACUUUCAAAAACGUUCCGUUUUAAAAUAUCCCUUCGAUAAAAAAAUCAAACUUUUAAUGAGUGCCGGAAUAAUGUCGCACUUGGAGAAGAAAUAUGUUAAAAGAAAAUUUAUGAAAAUGAAUCAAAGCGUUUAUAAAGUAUAUAGUAUUAAUAAUGGUUUUUCAACACCGAUUAGGCACAUAUCAGUGCGUUCAUUGUUGCCAAACACGGAUCACUACAUCACAUACGAAGGCUCAACUACACAUCCUGGCUGCUGGGAGAGCACCGUUUGGAUUAUAGUUAAUAAACCUAUUUAUAUCACUAAACAAGAGUUAUAUCAACUCAGACGACUGAUGCAAGGUUCAGAGACUUCACCUAAAGCUCCAUUAGGCAAUAAUGCGCGUCCUCUACAAGGACUUCAUCAUAGAACAGUAAGAACUAAUAUAGACUUUAAGAGAAACAAGAAUCAAAACUCAUGCCCUUCCAUGUACAAGGAUAUGUAUUACCGAGCGAAUCGCUGGUCACCGGACACAGGACUUCUAAUUCGUUGACCGCACUAUCUUCACAAAGAAAUGCCGAGACGGAUCCGCAGCAGUACCAGCUACCAAAGUAGCCACGAAAGCAACAACGAUCAU